AUCUUCUCUAUGCAUAGUAGUUUAAAUAAAUUCAUAUCAAUUUUUGAAGAAGUAUAAGUGUAAAUAAGUACUCUCAAAUAAUUGCUAAAUUGUCCUCCUCAUCUCGGUUUCAUUAUUUUGAUAACUUAUGUAAAUGAAAAUUUUACUUGAGUAUCAGGAAAGACACAACAUUAAGGACUAACGAUGGUAAGGUUUAUUGCCAAUAAUAUUGUAGUGGUUCUAUAAAAUGGAUGAAAAUCAACCUAGCACUUCUGGAUAUUGUGAAGAAGCUGGCAGAGGUUUCAGAUUGAAAAGAAAACAAAUAGAUCCGAUUGUUUGUCCUGUUUGUGGAGUAACACUUAGAACUUCAGAAGUCGAAAUGCAUUUAACAUCCGAGAUAGAAAAACUCAAUAAAUUACCCUCACCUAGGCCGAGGGUCAAUGGAAGAAGCACUCCAUCAAGUUCAUCAUCAAAUGGUAUUUCUACUAGAAGUCCAUCUGUUUUAGAUAAAGACAAAACAUGGGAAAUCUAUCAGAAAGUUCGUUCCAACAGGCAAUCUAGACAAAAAAUAAAAUCUAGAAAAAGAAAGAGUGAAGAAGUAGUAUGUCCAAUUUGCAAUAAAGAUAUAUCCAGCAUAUCUGAGGAUCUGAUGAUUCAUGUUGAGAUGUGUUUGAGAAGGUCAGAAUCUUCAACUGAAAAUGAAGAUGGUAGUGAAACUAUAGAUGUUGAAGCUUUUGAAGAAUAUGAAUGGGCAGGACAGUCUAGAAUCAGAGCAACAUCUUUACUUCCUGGGGGUGUAUCAAGUUUAGGUUCCUCAUUAACAAUGGCAGAUGAUGAUGAAGAUUUAAAUGUAGAAGAUGUUGAAGAUACCCAAAUAUAUGGAGCAGCACAAUAUUCAGAAUGUGAUGUAAUUCUACCUUGUGAUGAUAAAGACAAUUUAGCACUAAGGAAAGCAGUUAUAGGUGGUGACCCUAAAAUAGUCAGUGAUAUAUCAGUACAUAACGAAUCUACUAGUGAUUAUGAGGAUAAUAAAGGUGUAGAUCCUAUUGUUCAGGUAUUGAAGGCUAGAAUACGUGAACUUGAAAAUCGUGAACAAUGUAGAGAAGAUAAUUAUAAAUGUUUAAUUUGUAUGGACAAAUACAGGACACCUGUGAUAUCUGUUUGUUGUUGGCAUGUUCACUGUGAACAGUGUUGGUUACAGACUCUUGGGGCAAAAAAAUUAUGCCCUCAGUGUAACAUGAUCACUUCCCCUUCUGAUUUAAGAAGAAUUUAUAUGUGAUUGUUUUUAUCAAUACAUUAGAUGUAAAAUUAUACUUUGACAUUAAAUGAGGUAUGGAAUUUUUUUACAGAUAACUGCAUUUUUUUUAGAAACUAGAUCUAUUUUUUUAUUAUUUUACUUAUGUUGAUCAUGAAGUAAUAAUUUUUAUUCAGAAUCUUAAAGUUCCAUUGAUUGACUCUGAAAAGUAAUAUUAUUUUUCGAUUGAUUCCUAAUUUUUGAGAAUUGAUUCAAUUCGGUUUAUCCUCUAGUUCUACAGUUCUUUUUUAUGAGCAAAGAUUUUUUUAUGUUAAAAUCGAGUAAAAGGGAAAGACAAUGAAUAUUUUAUUUCUGCAUGUCUAUUUUCAACUUAAUACUAACAAAUAACAUAACAAUCAUAGAAUAAUUACAUAUAUAAUUAAUCUCAUUUAGAAAUAUUUAAAAUGGGGUUUUCAAUUGAGGAGAUGCUCAUAUUUUAUUCUAUGUAGAGUUAAUUUUUUCUUAAAUCCUUUGUAGGUAAGAUCAUAUAUUAUUAUCUCUUGAAUAAUUGUAUUACUUUCACUGAAUGUAAUUAUUGUGCAUGUGCCACUAGUAAAGAUGCUACUAAGGAGUUUAUCAUAUUUUGAAAGAACUACUAAUGUCCUUGAUCUAUCUGUUCUUUGAGACAUGUUUUAA